AUGGUUCCUCAUCUUCACGAGCCUCCAGCAGAGGGCCCUGCCCCUCCAGGCCUUGAGAACCAUCUGCGCAACCUCAUCAUCUCCAAUGGCACGCCAUCACAAGGCCCACAGCCCAAUACUUCCUCCCAGCAUGCCCCAGUCUCUCAGCAUGGCAUAGACAACGGUAGUGCUCAAACAGGAGCGUCUGAAAGUGCUUCUAAUUCGUCCAAACCAACCCGUAAACGAAUGAACCAAGCACAAAGACGUCAGAUGAGCUCGCAGCUUUCAAUUUCUAUUGACCCUCGAGCUCAACAACAGCCCCAAAACAGAAGUUACCACAGCCCAAUGGCUCAUUAUUCAAGGCCCUCCCAGUCCUAUCAGCGACAUGAGCAUGCUGACAGCCAGUCAAGGGGUACUUACAAUGAGAACCGUCAGGGUGGCCCACAACCGCAUCGCUCAUGGAAUGGUCCUCAGCAACACAGACCUCGUGGACAUGAUCACUAUCAGCCUCCCAACCAUGGCCGCCAAGAUUCCAUGCUCGCUCAGCAAAAUCGAGGUGGCGGCCAUCUAUACAACGCUAGGCGUGCCGUUCAAUUUCAUCCUGAAGAGGUUGCAGCCCAGGCCGCUCUACUCGACCAAUUGUGUUUUGAUGUCGUAACUAGUUCCGAGAUCGAGAGGUCGGAAAUCGCAGAGAAGGAAGACUUCCGUUGCCGUAUCGAAGCCAUCAGCCGAGAGGUAAUCGCUACCCACGAGAAGAAGGAAAUGCCUGAGGCCGAAUUCCACCCUUUCUCAGUUGAACUCAAAUGUUUCGGCAGUCUGUCUUCCGGAUUUGCGACAAAGGCCUCUGACAUGGAUCUUGGACUACUUUCCCCUAUGUCAGCCACUCAACCCGACGCUCCAGGCUCUCCUAUCCCGCGUUUAUUAGAAAAGGCAUUAUUGGAGGCUGGCCUGGGCGCGAGGCUCCUCACUCGCACUAGAGUUCCAAUCAUCAAGUUAUGCGAGUCUCCACCAGAAAAGCUCCGGCAAGGUCUUCUAGAAGAACGAUUUCGAUGGGAGAAUGGACUGGACGAAGUUCAUGAGGGUCACGAUGAUGAUGAAAACGACCAGCACACAGCACCUCAUGAUCAAGAAAACAGUCGAGACCAAACUAGAGAGGCUCCAAACCAAGAAUCCACCGCUCCUGAGUCUGUCUCCCCAGAUGCUGCCCAUGAGGAAUCUCAGGUGAUUGAGCUCAAACAAGGAUCAAAGAAUUCCCUCUCCUCAUACUAUGGCUUAGCCAAACGAGUUCUCCGUCGGGCGGGUGGUCAUGAUGUGACGAUUUCGAACUACCGUUCGUUCGUGGAUAAAGACUGGGAUUUAUUAAACAGGGUCAGCGAAGCUUUCAUUGCAGGUCUUUCAGAUGCACGCCUCCAAGAUCGCCUGAGCAGAUACCCGUCUCUCCAAUUCUCGAAUGACACAAACCCGCCCAUCAAACGCUCCCUGCUUGCCGUAUAUACCCAGGUUGAGGGUGAGCAAAUCCGGAUGUCGUGGGAGGAAAGUGGUGUAGAAGAGCGAAGCCAACCCUCGCACUUCCUCACUGAACAAUCAUUGCAAAUUUUGGAAGACGCCCAAUACAAAGAGAACUUCGGUCUUGAUCCAAUCUCCCACACCAAGGAGCUUCAACUGGCCCUCGAUAAGUUCAAAAAAGCCCCCUCUGUGCAGUUUGUGAUUCUGGAGCAGGGUCAGCAUGAGACACCAGUGUCUUACUACACAAGAGCUUUGUACAUCUUCAACGGCCUGAAUCCUACUAACCAGGAAGUCUCGUCAAAGUGGACACAGAUACUGAUCAGCCAGUAUGUGUCUGGAAUUCAUCAAGAGGAUACACGAAAAACAUUAAAGAGCUUCAUAGCCACAUGUCCCAAAACUCCUACGCUCAGAGGCGUCGGCCUUCUCCACAAGAGCAUACAUCUAGCAUGGGAGUUUGAACGAGCGCUCGAUAAGGAAUUGUACGACGACGAUGUGGUUCAAGACAUCAAAGAUUAUGUUACAUUGCUCCGAACGCCGUUCCAGCAGGCCGACAGUUUUGACUUUGGUAACGAAUUCUCGAUUCCCCUUACACCAAGUACGCUAGACCUUGCAGCGAGGAUUCGCCAGUUGCCCGAUCCACAUAAGAUGGCCCCCAAUCAGCCGCGCGAUCGUUACAAAGAUCACUUGGAGUUCCCCAAGACUGGCGCAGGUGUUCAAUGCGACAUCAACUUCUCGGCACACUUGGCUCUCCAUAAUACGGCUCUUCUACGCUGUUAUUCUCACACCGACCCCCGUGUCCGACCGAUGGUCUUAUUCGUGAAGCACUGGGCAAAGAUACGAGGCAUCAACUCUGGUUACCGCGGUACACUCAGCAGCUAUGGCUACGUUUUAAUGGUUCUUCACUACCUGGUCAAUGUCGCCGACCCCUUUGUCAGCCCCAACCUGCAGUUGUUCAGCCCGCCUCUUCCUCCAGGGCUUUCGCCUGUUGAGUUUGAGAACAUGACAAGCUGUCGGGGCCGCAACGUUCAGUUUUGGCGCAACGAAGAAGACAUCCUCCGUCUCGCUCGUGCAAACCAGCUCACUAGGAACAAUGACACCAUCGGGCAUCUCCUGCGAGGCUUCUUCGAAUAUUAUGCCCAUAGCAGCAUGCUAAGUACUUCCACCGGGAGAGGAUUUGAUUGGGGUAGAGAUGUUCUCAGCCUUCGUACACCUGGCGGCUUGCAGACGAAGCAAGAUAAAGGUUGGACAGGCGCCAAGACAGUCAUUGAAGCUCAAAACGUGGGAGCUCAUCCUCCUCCUCAGUCCGAACAAACAGCUUCAACGACAUCGGAUGGCAAGGAGCCCGCUGGAAAGGAGGCAGCAACACAGUCCAAGCAAGCUAACGGAGCAGUCAAGAAUGCUGAAUUCAAAGAAGUUCGCCACCGUUAUCUUUUUGCUAUCGAAGAUCCCUUCGAACUAGAUCAUAACGUCGCUCGAACUGUCACCCACAACGGGAUUGUUUCGAUACGGGAUGAGUUCCGUCGGGCAUGGAGGAUUAUUAAGUCUACGGGCAAUGGUAGCCCGCAGGAGAGUUUGCUUCGGGAUAUGAACGACAUUCAAGAAGAUGUUAGUCCGUUGUCCCUGCUUUUGGAUGACAUCCAUGGGCUUGAUCAAACUAGGAACCAAUGA